UCGCCCUUUCGUUGGCUACAAGGAAGUGAGACUUGUGAGCAAGGAAUCCAGACAUCCUGGAGGAGAUCCACUGGUACUUUGUUUUGUUGAUUUUGUGAGUCCGGCCCAUGCAGCAACUGCUAUGGAUGCAUUGCAAGGAACGGCAGCAAGCUGUGUUCAUGGCUGAGAUAGACGCUGCAAAAGUUGAUGCCUCUGCGGCGGAGGAGGAGGAAGUUAACGACUGCUCCAUCAAGCAGGUUGACUUGACGGUGCCGAAAACCGACGACCCCACCAUUCCCGUGCUCACAUUCAGAAUGUGGGUUCUUGGUUUGUCUUCAUGCAUCUUGCUCUCCUUUGUCAACCAGUUCUUCUGGUACAGGAAAAACCCUUUGUCCAUCAGUUCGAUUUGUGCCCAGAUUGCUGUCGUGCCCAUUGGGCAUCUCAUGGCAAGGACGCUGCCUACGUCCCCUUUUUUCAAGGGGACGUGGUUCGAGUUCACCAUGAAUCCGGGGCCUUUUAAUAUCAAGGAACAUGUUUUGAUCACCAUAUUUGCAAACUCGGGCGCUGGAAGCGUUUACGCUACUCAUAUCUUGUCUGCUGUGAAGCUCUUGUAUAAGAGGAAGCUCACUUUUAUUCCUGCCCUGCUUGUUAUGUUCACCACUCAGGUGUUAGGGUUUGGCUGGGCUGGAAUUUUCCGAAGAAUUCUGGUUGAUCCGGAGCAAAUGUGGUGGCCUUCUAAUCUGGUUCAGGUUUCACUCUUCAGAGCUCUGCAUGAGAAGGACAAAAGGGCGAAAGGUGGAAUGACUCGUUCCCAAUUCUUCCUCAUAGUGAUGAUCUGCAGUUUCUGUUACUAUGUCUUUCCUGGCUAUCUGAUUUACAUCAUAACAUCUUUCUCUUGGGUAUGUUGGCUUGCUCCUAAGUCUAUUCUUGUCCAACAACUGGGUUCUGGCUUGUCUGGCCUCGGUAUUGGUUCUUUUGCGAUUGACUGGGCGGCUAUUUCAUCAUAUCUUGGUACUCCGCUAGCUAGCCCAUGGUUUGCCACUGCCAAUAUUGCCAUUGGGUUUUUUCUUGUCAUGUAUGUGAUGACACCCAUCACGUACUUUUUUGAUGUCUACAAUGCCAAGAAGUUCCCAAUAUAUUCUAGUGACCUUUUCACGUCUAAUGGUACCACGUAUGAUGUUCUGAGCAUCAUUGAUUCCAAGUUUGAACUUGACCGUCCUACGUAUGCAAAGUCCGGACCUGUAAAUUUGAGCACCUUCUUCGCUAUGACUUAUGGUCUCGGGUUUGCCACGCUUCCUGCUACGCUUGUGCAUGUUCUGCUCUUUAAUGCAAGGGACAUUGGAAAUGCAUUUCGACGACAAAAGAAGUUGGAUAUCCAUGCAAGGCUUAUGAAAAAGUACAAAUCAGUGCCAACAUGGUGGUUUCUCGGCAUCCUUGUGGUAAACAUUGCUCUUAUCCUCUUUGCUUGCCAGUAUUACAACGAGUCUCUUCAACUGCCUUGGUGGGGUGUUCUGCUUGCUUGUGCCAUUGCCAUCUUGUACACAGUUCCAAUUGGUAUCAUCACAGCCACAACAAACCAGCAACCGGGUUUGAAUAUUAUCACGGAAUAUGUGAUCGGGUACUUGUACCCGGAGCACCCUGUAGCGAAUAUGUGCUUCAAAGUGUAUGGCUACAUCAGUAUGGCUCAAGCUUUAACUUUCCUGGCUGAUUUUAAGCUUGGUCACUACAUGAAGAUUCCACCAAGAUCAAUGUUCAUAGCACAGGUGGUAGGAACGAUUGUAGCAGUGAUUGUAUACCUGGUAACAGCAUGGUGGCUGAUGGGUGACAUUCCAAACCUUUGUGAUACCUCCAAGCUGCCAAAGGAUAGUCAGUGGACUUGUCCAAUGGACCGCGUGUUCUUUGAUGCAUCAGUUAUCUGGGGGCUUGUUGGCCCUCGAAGAAUCUUUGGAAACCUCGGUGCAUACAUGAACGUCAAUUGGUUCUUCUUUGGUGGGGCCAUUGCCCCUGUGCUUGUCAAGCUUGCACACAUGGCUUUCCCCCAACAUAAUUGGAUUCGUCUCAUCAACAUGCCGGUCUUGCUGGGUGCCACAUCCAUGAUGCCCCCGGCUAGUGCUGUAAACUUUACAAGUUGGAUCAUUGUUGCAUUUCUUUUCGGGUAUGUUGUCUACAGGUACAGGCCAGACGUGUGGUCGCGCUAUAACUACGUCCUUUCUGGUGGUCUUGAUGCCGGAACUGCCUUUGUUACCAUAUUGAUGUUCAUUACGCUGCAGAACCGGGGCAUUGAACUUAAAUGGUGGGGGAACAACGGCGAGGGCUGCCCGUUGGCUACUUGCCCUACUGCUAAAGGGAUUGUAGUUGAUGGCUGCCCAGUUCACUGACAUUAAACUUCAUAUUUUCAGAAGUAGCAUCUUUAUGGCUUUUGAUGACCUGUAAAUAUUUUAUCAGGGAUUCGUUUCUAGUUUUUUCGUUUUAUUUCGAUAUGAUAUCAAUGUUGAAGAACAUUUCCAUUCUGAUUUCAAUAGUUCAGAUAACUAUUUCUCUAG